UAAAAAAUAAAUAAGAGAGUCGCAGAACAAACAUGUGAACUGAGCACUCUGCAUUCUCCCAAAGCUAUCUAUUUACAUAACUUCUUCCUUGUUGUUGACCUGCUGCUAUCUGUUAUCUGCGCGCGUUUCAGGAACUAUGAGUUUCUCCAAGGGUUCUUCUCCUUGCGACCAGAUGCAGCAGCUUGAUAUAGAGGCUGGGUCUCACACUGAUUUUGAUGACCGAGACGACUCUUCUGAUCCAUUUGAUAUUACCAGCACAGAGAAUGCUCCGAUUCAACGCCUCAAGCGUUGGAGGCAAGCGGCACUUGUGCUUAAUGCUUCUCGACGAUUUCGUUACACCUUGGAUUUGGAGAGAGAAGAAGAGAGGAAGCGAAUAUCGAGAAUGGUUAUAGUGCACUCACGGGCUAUUCAAGCUGCAUAUCGUUUCAAGGAAGCUGGGAAGCAAGUGAACGGAACUCUAAAACCUUCUUCAAGCUCCUCUGGAGAAUUUUCAAUUGGACAAGAGCAACUUUCUUCAAUUUCAAGGGAGCAUGAUACUACUGCUCUGCGGGAAAAUGGAGGGGUUAUAGGGUUAUCACAUUUAUUGAAAACCAAUUUAGAGAAGGGGAUUCGAGAUGAUGAUGCCGACUUGGUAAAACGGAGGAAUGCAUUUGGUUCCAACAACUACCCUCGAAAGAAAGGAAGUACUUUUUUGAUGUUUAUGUGGGAUGCUUGCAAGGAUUUGACCUUGAUUAUUUUAAUGGUAGCUGCCAUGGCUUCAUUAGCACUUGGGAUAAAAUCUGAGGGUAUUGCGGAAGGAUGGUACGAUGGGGGAAGCAUUACCUUUGCAGUUAUUCUAAUUAUUGUUGUUACAGCUGUAAGUGAUUAUAAGCAGUCUCUUCAGUUUCGAGACUUAAAUGAGCACAAGAGAAACAUACAUUUGGAGGUUAUUAGAGAUGGUAGAAGAGUUGAGAUCUCCAUAUAUGAUGUUGUUGUUGGUGAUGUUAUACCCCUUAAUAUUGGUAACCAGGUCCCUGCUGAUGGAAUUUUGAUCACCGGUCACUCUCUUGCAAUUGAUGAAUCAAGUAUGACCGGGGAGAGCAAGAUUGUCAAUAAGAAUUCUAAGGAUCCUUUUCUGAUGUCUGGAUGUAAAGUUGCAGAUGGCAGUGGCACAAUGCUUGUAACCGCUGUUGGUAUUAAUACUGAAUGGGGGCUUCUAAUGGCUAGCAUUUCAGAAGACAAUGGGGAAGAAACCCCUUUGCAGGUACGCUUAAGUGGUCUCGCCAAUUUCAUUGGCAUUGUUGGACUCUCUGUGGCUGUCGUUGUUCUGAUUGUGCUACUGGCCAGAUAUUUCUCUGGGCAUAGUAAAAAUCCAGAUGGAAGUGUUCAAUUUACAGCAGGCAAGACCAAAGUUGGUGAUGCUAUUGACGGUGUAAUUAAGAUAGUCACUGUUGCGGUCACCAUUGUAGUGAUUGCAGUACCUGAAGGGCUCCCUUUAGCAGUUACUUUAACACUUGCUUACUCAAUGAAAAAAAUGAUGGCAGAUAAAGCUUUGGUGAGGAGGCUUUCUGCCUGUGAGACAAUGGGGUCUGCCACUACCAUUUGCAGUGAUAAGACUGGAACAUUGACUAUGAACCAGAUGACUGUAGUUGAGGCUUGUAUUGGAGGGAAGAAGAUUGUUACUCCUUACAGAAAGUCACAGCUCUCUCCUAUGCUCUGCUCAUUGCUGAUUGAAGGUGUUGCACAGAACACUAAUGGAAGUGUUUAUGUACCUGAGGGUGGUAACGGUGUUGAGGUUUCUGGAUCACCAACAGAAAAGGCAAUUUUACAUUGGGGAAUUCAGCUUGGGAUGAAUUUUGAGGCUGCCAGAUCAGAAUCAUCAAUAAUUCACGUCUUUCCAUUCAAUUCAGAAAAAAAACGAGGCGGAGUUGCAAUACAGACGGCUAACUCUGAAAUCCAUAUACAUUGGAAAGGUGCUGCUGAGAUAGUCCUAGCCUGCUGUACAGGGUUUAUGGAUGCAAAUGAUCAGUUGGUGAAGAUUAAUGAAGAGGAGAUGACAGUUUUUAAAAAGGUUAUUGAAGAUAUGGCUGCUGAAAGUCUACGUUGUAUUGCCAUUGCAUAUAGAUUGUGUGAAAUGGAGAAUGUUCCAACAAGUGAAGAAGAACUUGCUCACUGGUCAUUACCAGAGGAUAAUCUCGUUUUACUGGCUAUUGUUGGUAUGAAGGAUCCUUGUCGACCUGGUGUAAAAGAUGCAGUGCAGCUUUGCCAAAAGGCUGGGGUUACGGUAAAAAUGGUCACUGGUGACAAUGUUAAAACUGCAAAAGCAAUUGCUUUGGAAUGUGGAAUACUUGGUUCUUUUGCUGAUGCUACAGAGCCAAACAUCAUUGAAGGAAAAAAAUUUCGUGACCUGUCAGAUGCAGGGAGAGAAGAAAUUGCUGAAAGGAUAUUGGUUAUGGGACGGUCGUCUCCUAAUGACAAGCUUUUGCUUGUGCAAGCAUUGAAGAGGAAGGGGCAUGUCGUGGCUGUAACUGGGGACGGAACAAAUGAUGCUCCAGCACUACAUGAGGCAGACAUAGGUCUUGCAAUGGGCAUUCAAGGUACAGAAGUUGCUAAAGAGAGCUCCGAUAUCAUUAUUUUGGAUGACAAUUUUGCUUCAGUUGUGAAGGUUGUCAGAUGGGGGCGGUCUGUAUAUGCAAAUCUUCAGAAAUUUAUCCAGUUUCAGCUUACAAUCAAUAUAGCAGCUAUUGCUAUAAAUGUUAUUGCUGCAUUUUCCUCAGAUGACAUCCCACUAAAUACAGUACAGCUUCUCUGGAUAAAUCUUAUCAUGGAUACUCUUGCAGCACUAGCCUUGGCAACUGAACUACCAACUGAUCACCUGAUGGAUCAGCGUCCAGUGGGACGAAGAGAACCUCUUGUAACAAAUAUUAUUUGGAGGAAUCUGCUGAUUCAGGCAAUGUACCAAGUGUGUGUCUUGCUUACACUCAAUUAUCGAGGCAGGAGCUUACUGGGUCUCAGGCUCGAGACCAAUGACCUUGCAAUCAAAGUGAAGAACUCUCUGAUAUUCAAUGCAUUUGUUUUUUGUCAAGUCUUUAAUGAAUUUAAUGCACGAAAGCCAGAUGAAUUCAACAUAUUCAAGGGAGUCACAAGAAACUACCUCUUUAUGGGGAUAGUGGGAAUAACUGUUGUGCUUCAGAUUGUCAUCAUUGAAUUUCUUGGAAAAUUCACUAAAUCAGUAAAGCUUAAUUGGAAGCAGUGGCUCAUUUCCGUCAUUAUAGGAUUUAUAAGCUGGCCUCUUGCCGUGGUUGGAAAACUCGUACCAGUGCCAGCCACUCCCAUCGGUAACUUUUUCGCUACUCCCAUCAAUAACUUUGUCCGAAGAUUUCAUGGUGGAAGAACUCAAAAGAAGGAAUCUGAGGCAUCUUGAUGGAGUCAUGUAUAGAAGUCUUGCUGAUUCACUAUCUCCCUGCUUUAUUUUGACAGGAUGACCAACAUUCUUUUGGUAACGGAAAAUAGUGCACAGGUUGCACAGAGCCUUUUCUUUUUUUACAGAUCUGGAAACAAAGUUGGAUCUUUUUUAUACCUAGGUUCUAACAAGGGUGUGUACGGAAUUUCAGCUAGUCUUUUAUUUUUUUUUAUUUUUAUUUUGUCAGUUUGACCAACCCUUGUUUAUAUUUUU